GCGGAAGCGCGGCGCGGGCCGGUGGGCGAGGGGACGUGGCGGGGGAGCGUCGCGGGGGGGGGGGCAUCUGCCCAUCCUGGGCCCCCAUGCAUGAGGCCACCCCGUGAUGAGCUCCAAGGCCAAGCGGGUGCUGCCCACCCGCCCUGAGCCCCCCAGCGUGGAGCAGAUCCUGGCUGACGUGCAGGGCACCCACCCAGGCGACCCCAUCUUCCUCCUCCCCACGGAGCCCUGCCGGGACCACGGCCCCUCCCCAGGUGAGCAGAGAGAGCAGGGUGGGCUGGGGUCUCCACCACCCCCAGGCUCCCCCAGCCCCGCUGUGGACGAGAGGGAGCAGCUCUACUGGCAGAGCCGUUCCUACGUGGAGAUGAACCAGCGGCUGCAGGAAUCCCAGGAGCGGCUGCGGGAGCAGUGCGAGGAGCUGCGGCAGGCGGGAAUGGCCUUGGAGCGCGGCAUUUCGGAAAUGAAGCAGAAAGCUUUCUGAGCCCGGCGGCCUUAGUGCUCGAGAUCCCUCUACACAGGUGCCGGAGUUUCCUCGGGACUCCAGCAGUUGCGGUUUUGCCUGCCUGAAUCGGGGGUAGAGCCACUAGGGUUUGGUUUACGGGAGGAUCUGGCGUUGCCACGCCUUGCCGGCACCUCGCUGGCGUGUCGGAGGGGCUGUGCCACCUUGGCAGCCUGACCUUUCCCUGGGGAGCGGUGUGAUCUGCUGCCCAUGGCCGGGGUAGAGCUGGCUGGCACGGCAGCACGUUCCUGGUGCAGGAGGAAAGGCUCGGCUGCCGCCCUUGGUCCCUGCUGCCUGUGAACUUGAUCCCCCGUGGGUGGCAUGUCCUUUGCACCCUUGCGCCACAGCUUCACCUAUGACUUUUCCAUCUGGUACUGCCCUGAGGAUGACCACAUCGCCUCCCGCAUCUCGGAACGCUUGAAGAAAGAGGGUUUUCGGGGCUACACAGAGCACCAAGACCAAGUAGCCGGGACAUCCGUCGUCCUGACUGCUAUCAAGGUCAUCGAGGCCAGCCGAGUGGCCAUCCUUCUCCUCUCCGCCAAGUCACUGGGCGACCCGUGGUGCCAUCGUGUUUCCCAGUGGAACCUGUAUCACAUCAUCCACUGCCAUGGCACCAAGGUGAUCCCCGUCUACGUGGGCGUGAAGAAAGACCAGGUGCCCGGCUUCCUGCAGCACCUCCUGGAGCUGGAGUACCAGACCGAGUUCUUCUUUGACAGGCUCGUGCACAGCCUGCGAACGUCCCACUCGGCCACCAGCCGGGCCAGGCCAGCCCCAGUCCCCAAAGCAAAGAGCUGAGGGACCCAGGGUGGCUGGGGGGCAGUUUUGCAGCCUCUCUGGGGUCCGCAGCCCGGUUUUACAGCCUGUUCAGGGGCCAGCGUCCCAUAUUGCAGCCUCCUUGGGGUCUGGGGGGUGGUUUUGCAGCCUCUUUGGGGUCCCGGGGGCCGAUGGCCCUGCAGUGAUGGUGGCAGGAGCAGAGUUGUCCUGUAGUGCUAAUAAAGGUGGUGGCAAUGGGUCACCCCAGUGCUGGGGAUUGUCACAAAUCUCACUAAAACC